AGAGCACAUAAAAUUUUAAGCUGGAGAUUUAUAUUUAGUCUUCAAAAGGAGCAUGCACUUCUUUCACUGCCUGCAGUGGUGUUUUUGAGGAGAUGCAGGGAAAUAGUGUGGUCUUACACAUCCUGAGAGAUGUUUUGACCAUCACACUGACAUUGACUUUCUGGAAGAUGGCUGAAUUUGAUGCCCUGUCAGUGACUACCAAGGGCAGAUAUUUUGAUUGUGAUCUUGAUGACAUUCAUCAUUCACUCCACUACUGUGCUGUGAUGCAGCAUCCAGUUUAAAGCAGUCACGUCUAAGAGCAUUUCACUGGAUGUACACUUCGCUUUGCCGAGGUGAAUGGGCAUGACUAACCACCUUGGAUUGAUGUCGAUUUUUCGAUUCUUUACAAUAACUUGACCAGUUGCUAAGGUUUUACUACCUGUACAGUUAUUGUAACUGCAGGUAAAGCCAUGAAGUAAGUGGCUUCAUAUACCAUGGUAUGACAGAUCAUAGGUGGCAACUUAAAUCAGCGUGGGUUUCCUCUGGUUGGAAGUCUGAUGACUGUCUCUGGAAGACUGCACUGUACCAAGGGACCUUCCAGCACUUAAUUACUUUAUUAAACUGAUUUGGUACCCAAGACAGAGUUCCAGCAAAGAUGUUUACAUUUGAUACUAUGCACUCUGGAGAAGAUCCAUGCUCAAGUUUGUUCACUUCGAUUUGAAGGUUUUUUUCUCGUGAAAGUCUAACUAAACUAACGAGAUCUGAAGAUAUCACCCCAAAGUUUGUAUUUGUCAUUCUCCCAUCGGAGGGAAUUCUGUUAGUUGAAGAAGGUGUCUUAACAGGUAAGAUUUCAGGUCAAACGACUUUCAAACCUAAGCAGUCAUAAAGGGUUGUCUGUCGGUUCUGGUCAUGGUUCGAGUCAUCUGGCCUUGACAUCAUUUUGCAUUAUAGAGAAGUGAAAACGGCAAACUAAUAUUAAAUCUGGGCGGUUAUAUUAAUCACCAAGUCAAGCCAUCCUAACGGUGCACAUAAAGCCAAGUCGUCUAACUAGUGGGUAACCGGUUGAAUGUACAGCAUAUGUUAUCUGUAGAAUAAUGUAAAAACGCGAACAAAGAAAGUAUGAUAAUAUCUAUAUAGGUCUAAACCUCGUCCAUCUAAUUUCUUCAUCUGAAAACGUCAGUUGCAAGUCUUAAAAUGGAAUGUAGUCAUUCUGUUCAAGUGCCCAUCACUGAGCUGAGUGGUGAAGCAGCCCUCAUUUAAUGUACUUAAUGUAAGUCUGUCCCGAACUGCUGUAACAUUCGCCCUAUUCGUUUAGCGAUGUUUUUAAUCAUGUGAACGGCACGAAUAGGCAUAUGCCGUGUUUAUCAAUUUAAUAGUUAUGGCAUAUUCCUAAGUUUUAUUUAACUGAGCCUUUGAAAAAACAGUGUGCUAGAGCAAUAACCCAUUCCAACCUUGAGUGUAUCUCUUGUGGCUUGCAUCGAGAUGGUAAAUGAGUGUUUAGACACAUCCAAAUUAUGAAUCCAAACCUGGUUCACAUGCUAAGUAAACAAACAAUAGUAAUAGAUAGAGAGUCAGGAAGGUCUCAAUUGCCAAGGUAUAUGAGCUCUAACCUACUAGAUAUAAUGAUCGCUCUUACACCCAACAAGACAGCUGGCAUCUUCAGAACCUUCAUAGAACGUUGCUGACAGCUCGUCAUGUGAUGCUCGUGAAGAUGGCGCAUCCUUAUACGGUGUAGUAUACGAAUUUUCCGCCAGUAGUACCAGCUCACACAAGCCUUGCGAUCGUAUAGCGUUUUAAAUAGCGGGAAUUACGGAAGGCCUUAUUAAGAUAUAUCCCGUUUUAGGGACUGAGUUAGGAAUACGAUUUCUCAGGAGGUUUCACGAAAAAUACACCUAAUUAGUUUGGCUUCGGUGUGGAUGCUCCUGCGGUAAUAGGGAUUGGAGAUCCGAUAUCUGUGCACUACUGGAGACUGCAUCAGCUGCUGGCGCGGAGGCUGUGUCGAAAGACCGGAGCUAACCGAUCUGAGACACAGCGGCUCAGGCUUCGAGAUUGUUUUUACGAUCUUUUAUCAUUCGCGAUGACAUGAAGUGUAGAACAAGAAAUGCCGAAUACGAAAGCGAUGUAGCUUUCAUCCAAAGAACAUCCUCCCACGACGUACAGGAAUGAGGUUCAGAUUUGUGAGGAUAUAGCAUCGACCUACAGCAAAAUGUGGGCACCUACAGAGGAGGAGAAAUUAGGAGUUGUGAUCUGCAGCUUCCGCAGCUCUGUGGCUCAGGCACUCCUUCUGGAGAUUGGAGAGAUGGUUCAGAUUCUGGAGAAGUGUGAGGGAUGGUACAGAGGCUUCUCCAUCCGAAAGCCUACAGUCAAGGGAAUCUUUCCUAUCAACUAUGUACACUUGAAAAAAGCCAUUGUGAGCAACAGGGGGCAGGGGGAGACAGUUGUUCCUCUGGAAGAUCCCAUAAUAACAGAAACCACCAGUACAUUGCAAGAAUGGGCAGUGUUAUGGAAACAACUCUAUGUGAAGCACAGAGUGGAGCUGUUCCAGAAGCUCCGUCAGGUGAUGACCGAGCUCAUUGACCUGCGCCGGCAACUCAUCUCUGGUCACAUGACCCAGGAGCAGACUCGCGAAAUCAAGCGCCAUAUCACAUUGCGACUGGACUGGGGCAAUGAACACCUUGGUUUGGACCUUGUACCCAGAAAAGAGUUUGAGAUGGUUGACGCAGAACAUUUCAGUGUUUCUGAACUUUAUAAAAUGCAUUCGUCCAGUAGACACUGCGGUCAGCCUAGUCAAACCCAGGUAAAAGCAAACACACCAAUGGGAGAACCCCGUCAGCGUCAUGGUGAACCCGCCCGUGCCCCGGUGGCGCACCACCUCUCCCUGAACCUCAAGAGCUUCACGUACAACAGCAUCAGUGAGGACACAGAUGUCCUCUUCAGCCUUUAUGAUGCCCGAGACAACAAAUGCAUCAGUGAGAAAUUCCUCGUGAAGCUGAAUAAAAACGGCGGGCCGAGGCAUCCAGACAAAUCCGACGGACUGUGUGCUCUUUUCACAGAUCUGAGCAGUAAGGACAUGAAACGGGAUCUCUACAUUGUGGCACACAUUAUUAGAACAGGCCGGAUGUUGCUGAAUGACUCCAAGAAAGGCCCCGCACAUGUCCAGUACAGACGGCCAUAUGGCUGUGGAGUGCUGGCAAUGACUGACGUCUUCACCUCCAUCACAGACCCAAGGGAGGAGAAGGACUUUGUGAUCAAAGUCUUCACGUGCAAUAAUGAGAACGAAUGGUACCAGAUUCAGGAGAACAUCAUCCGCAAGUCCAACACCAAAUACUCUGCUCCCAGCACCAACUACGGUCUGAUAGUCUCCCUGCAGCUGUUUCGUGGGGAUCUGGAGGCGGUGAGGAGGGAAAACCCCCACAUCAUCACCCGGGGAGCCGUCACCGCACGCAAGCUGGGCUUCCCUGAUGUCAUCAUGCCAGGGGACUGCCGUAAUGACUUAUACCUGACGAUGGAGCGUGGCGAGUUUGAGCGCGGGGGAAAGAGUGUGCAGAAGAACAUUGAGGUGAUGGUGUAUGUGCUUUAUGCAGACGGAGAGGUCCUAAAAGACUGCUUGAGUGUGGGCUGCAGUGAGACCAGCGUAAAUGAGCAUCGCUCCUUUGUGCUUUACCACAACAACAGCCCACGCUGGAGCGAGACCCUCAAGCUGUCCAUCCCUCUGGAACGCUUUCGAGGUUCCCACCUGCGCUUUGAGUUCCGACACUGCUCCACUAAGGAUAAAGGAGAGAAGAAGCUCUUUGGUUUUGCUUUCACACCUCUCAUGAGGGAGGAUGGCACCACCCUUUCUGAUGAGACACAUGAGCUUUAUGUCUACAAGUGUGAUGAAAAUACUACCUUCACCAAUCAGGGCCUGUAUUUAAGCAUGCCAUGUUGCCGUGCCGACCUCAGCAGCUGCCCUACAAUCCCUGCCUCCUUCCCUUUCCAGCGCAGCAGCAAAGAGAGUUUCUACAUCAGCACCCUGCUGGCAUCCACCAAACUCACACAGAAUGUGGAUCUACUAACUCUACUUAAGUGGAAAGCCCAUCCUGAGCGAGUACUAGAUGUUCUUGGACGCUUACGCCUCAUCAACGGAGAGGAAAUUGUCAAGUUCCUGCAGGAUAUUCUCGACACCCUCUUCUCUCUCCUGGAUGAGAACACAGACAAAUACGGCCCUCUGGUCUUUCAAUCACUGGUCUUUAUCAUUAAUCUGCUGAGAGACUGCAGGUACUACCACUUUCGGCCUGUCAUGGAUUCCUACAUCCAGAAUCAGUUUGCGGGAGCACUGGCCUAUAAGGAGUUAAUUCGGUGCCUGAAGUGGUAUAUGGAUCGGUCAGCAGAAGUUGUGCGACAGGAUCACAUCCAGGAUGCAAUGAGAGCUCUGGAGUACCUGUUCAAGUUCAUAGUUCAGUCGCGUGCGCUCUACUCGCGAGCCACCUGUGGGCUGGACGAGGAGGCCUUCCGGGUCAGCAUCCACGAGCUCUUCCACUCCAUACGCUUCGUGCUCAGCCUGGACGGACACAACUCUGAGACCCUGAUCAGCACACAGGUGAAGGGGGCGCUAUUGAACAGUUUCCCGGACAUCUUUGACGAGCUGCUGCAGAUGUUCACAGUGCAGGAGGUGGCUGAGCUGGUCAGAGGCACACUGGCCAGCAUGCCCAGCAUGGUAGACCUUGGCCAGUCAUUGGAUGUGGUUAAGCUGCAGUCCAUUGCCCGCACUGUCGAAAGUAGACUCUUUUACUUUCCAGAGUCACGGAGCAUCCUGCUGCCAGUCAUCCUCCACCACAUCCACCUGCACCUGCGCCAGCAGAGGGAGCUACUCCUCUGCUCCGGCAUCCUGACCAGCAUCUUCUCCACCAUCAAGACCAGCUCUGUGGAUUCGUGUGUGCGUGAGGAGGUGGAUAUGAUGGUGGAGAGCCUGCUGGAUGUGCUGCUCCAGACCCUGCUGUCCAUCAUGAGCCGCUCUCAAACUGUAGAGAGCAGCAGAUCACCCCGCUGCCCCCAGUGCACCGCUGAGAUCACAGGGGAGUACGUGUCAUGUCUCCUGUCCCUCCUCAGACAGAUGUCUGAUCCUCACUUUCACCAUCUGCUCAACAACUUCCACAGCAAGGAUGAACUAAAGGAAUUCCUCCUGAAGAUCUUCUGUGUGUUCCGGAACCUGAUGAAGCUCACCAUCUUUCCCAAAGAUUGGAGCGUCAUGCGACUCCUCACCAGCCACAUAAUUGUCACGACAACCCAGCACCUUUCUCCGGCACUGCAGAAGAACUUCUCUGACCCAGAUUUUGAUUUCAAGGUGUGGAACUCCUUCUUCAGUCUGACUGUAUUGUUUAUCAGCCAACCGAGUCUACAGUUGGAGUCCCUUAGCCCACUCAAGAGGAAAAGAGUGUUGGACAAGUAUGGAGACAUGAGGGUGACAAUGGCCUUUGAGCUGUUCAGCAUGUGGCAGAAAUUAGGAGAUGAUAAGCAGCACUUCACGCCCGGAAUGAUGGGGCCCUUCCUGGGUGUGGCUCUCGUCCCUCAGGCCGAGGUCCGCAACAUCAUCAUCCCCAUUUUUCAUGACAUGAUGAACUGGGAGCAGCGGAAGAAUGGCAACUUUAAACAGGUGGAGGCAGAACUGAUGGAUAAACUUGACAGUAUGGUGUCCGAUGGUAAAGCAGAUGAAAAUCACCGGGAGCUUUUCACUCUGCUAACACAGCUCUUUGGCCCAUAUCCCAGUCUGUUGGAAAAGAUGGAGCAGGAGGCUUGGAGAGAGACAGGAGUCUCUUUUGUCACCUCAGUCACACGGCUCAUUGAGCGUCUGUUGGAUUACAGGGAAAGUGUGAGAGCAGAGGAGGUGGAGAAUAAGAGAUUCUAUGGCUCCAUGAACCUGCUGAACUUUUACAAGUCCGAGGUCACCAAGGAGGACAUGUACAUCCGCUACAUCCACAAGCUGUAUGAACUCCACCUGCAAGCGGAGAACUAUACAGAGGCGGCGUUCACACUGCUGCUGUACUGGGAGCUGCUGCAGUGGGAGGAGCGUCCUCUGAGGGAGUUCCUGCACUACCCCGCCCAGAGCGAGUGGCAGCGCAAGGAGAGCCUCAGUAGGAAGGUGCUGCACUACUUCAACAAGGGCAAGUGUUGGGAGUAUGGCAUCUCUCUCUGCCGGGAACUGGCGUUUCAGUACGAGACCCUAUAUGAUUACCACAGUCUGAGCUGGAUACGGAAAAUGGAGGCUAGUUACUAUGACAACAUCAUUGAGCAGCAGCGCCUGGAGCCAGAGUUCUUCAGGAUGGGAUUUUAUGGACGCAAGUUCCCCUUCUUCCUCAGGAAUAAGGAGUUUGUCUGCCGUGGCUAUGACUACGAGCGGUUGGAGGACUUUCAGCAGCGCAUGCUGAACGAAUUCCCACAGGCCAUUGCUAUGCAACACCCUAACCAACCGGACGACACCAUCCUACAGAGCGAUGCGCAGUAUUUGCAGAUCUUUGCAGUGACCCCGGUGUCUGAGCUGACAGAAGGUCCACACCUGGAGCGUGUGCCCGAGCGCAUCAAACGCUUCUACCGGACCAACAACAUCAGCCGCUUUCACUACGACCGGCCCUUCCACAAGGGCCCCAAGGACAGAGAGAAUGAGUUUAGGAGUUUGUGGAUUGAGCGGACAACUCUGAUUUUGUCACGUCCGUUACCCGGAAUCUCACGCUGGUUUGAGGUGGACAGAAGAGAAGUGGUGGAGGUCAGUCCUCUAGAGAACGCUAUAUAUGUGGUAGAGAACAAGAACCAGGAACUGCGCACGCUCAUCAGCCAGUACCAGCACCGCCAUCACAACGGCAACAUCAACCUGCUCAGCAUGUGUCUGAAUGGGGUAGUGGAUGCUGCCGUUAAUGGAGGAAUCGCCCGCUACCAGGAGGCUUUCUUUGACAAAGAUUUUAUCAGCAGCCACCCUGAGGAGGCAGAGAAAAUAACACAGCUGAAGGAACUGAUGCAGGAACAGGUGCACAUUUUAGGUGUGGGGCUAUCACUCCAUGAGAAGCUGGUGCACCCAGAAAUGCGUCCCCUUCACAAAAAACUCAUUGAUCAGUUCCAUGUGAUGAGGAACAGUCUGUACCAUGGUGUCGCUGCUCUAGAUAGGUUAAGUCCAGCCUGCUCAGGGAUCCGCAGCAUUGUGACACACAGCCCUGAGAGCAGCAGACUUUUACACAGAAACAGUCCUCUGCAGGGCUCUCUGCGUCUGACGGGUGAGGUUGGACCUCUGAUGGUUCUGACAGAUGGACUAAUGGAGCACCCGGAAGAGGCCACACACAUGCAGCCUAGCCCCUCCUCCUCAAGUCUUAGUUCCAUUCGAUCCUCUUCUUCCCAGAUCAUUACCUCCACCCCCUCCAGCACCAGAGGCUCACCCUCCCUACCAGAUAAGACAAAGAGCAGCAGAGAGCUGCUAAUGCUGCUACCACCCCACAGGGAGAGACCCAACAGUGCCAACUACUACACCGCUGCUGAUAACACUCAGACAAACAAUGUCCAACGUGGCCUACAGCAGCAAGGAAGUCCGUGUAAGCCAUGUGGAGAUCGUCACACUGGAUUCCCAGAGAGAGGAUUCCCUGCAGCCCCCAGCAGCUGGAGCUUAGACGGGUCCGAGGGGAGAGAGCAAGGGCUCAACCUGCAGAACCCAGGGAGUCUGAUGGCCCCCAUGUUACCACCACGCAACUUCCCACAGGGUCACUUCCUGAUGCACUUUGAUGCUUUUCAACAACAUAUGAACGAUAUUCCCCCAGCUCUACCGAUGCGCUCUAUUAGAAAGUCUCCUCUGCAUCCCAUUCCUGGCUCUCCGCCCAGUCCACUGUCAGUACUGGGAGGCAGUAACUCCACCCUGUCAGGCAGUGCCAGCAGUGGGGUCUCCUCCUUGAGUGAGAGCAUUUUCAGCCACUCAGAUCCCACGAGCCGGCCUGAGCAACUGGACCCAGCCCCUCACAUCCCGCCCACUCACUACUGGAGCCCCGAGGAGCCGGCCCCGCCUGCUGCCUACCUGCAUGUGCACUACGGCCCUUCCCAGGACCACCCUCACUACCCCCACAGCCACGCCGGUGCUGAGCCCGACAGCCUGCAGGACCCCUCCUGCGCCUCCCGGCCCUUGUGCCCGGAGUUGCCGCACGCCAGCGCCACCUUCUUACGCCGGUCUGGCGCCCCUACGCCACCCCCGAAGCCCUGCAUGCGUGUGGUGGGGGGCGCCGGGGUAGUGAGCGAGGAGGAGUGUGGGAGCGGAGGCAUCCAGCCAGUGCCGCUGCCCCGCAGGAUCUUCCCUCCUCCGCACACUCAGCGCGAGCUGCAUCGAGCGGCCUGGGAGCAGCGCAUCCGCGAGGAGCAGGAGGAGAGCACUGGCUGAGGGGGGGAGGGGAGGGCAGAGCUGUGGAGCACAGUGAUGGAGGCCUGCAGUUGGAUGGCAAUCAGAGAGGGUCCUGGUAGAGCGCAGAGCCUGCCCUUUGUUCAGGGUGUCAGUGUGAGUUUCUCAGAAGGGGAUGCAGGCCUGAUUGGAGGCUGGGUUGGUUUAUAAAUAUUCUCUGAGAAGCUGCUUUCAUUGAAUAGCUCUCAUCUCCUGCGUCUCCACCAUAAAUCCUCACAAGACUGUAAUAAUCAUGAAGCCCCCUAGCUCACACUCUGUAGAGAUAUAGCCCUUGAGCACACAGUUUUUCGUACAGCUAGUCCUUUAGCAUGCUUGUUUGUUUUUACACUUGAAUGUUUUGUGAAGUGAAACACAAAAUAACGCCUGCCUCUUCACUUUGCCCAUUUCCUUCCACCACAACUGAUUAUCAGGGUCAAGCACAGGGUUGACAGUAUGGUUAGAUAGCAGCAAGAUUAGGGGUUAGUGUGUUGGAAUGAAAGUUUUAGGAAGAGUUAGGCUUCAAGUAUGAUUAAAGGGCAACCGUCUCAAAUGACAUAUCAAGUCAACAUGAAGGGAAGGCAAUUGUUUCUGGUUUAGUGUUGAUAUGGAACAAUCUGUGUUUAUUAAUGAGGGUGAAAAGAGGGCUUGGGGAACUGUUCUGAGGUCUGUGUAAUGUGUAGAUGAGUAGCCGUCACAAGCUAUGGAUACUCAGAUGGUGCGUUGGUCAUACAUGAUCUGUAGCUGUAGUCUACUGCUCUCACAUCACCUAAAUGAGAUCUUAUACAUGUUACAACCUCAUAGACAGUAACUCAUCUGCAAUCUUCCCAGGAGUCACACAACAAAUGUAGUAAUGAUGCUAGUUCCUAGCACAUGCUCUGCUUUUGGAAGUGUGCCGUUUCCCUCAUUCAUAUUAGCACCUUUUUUCUGGAUGUUAUGUCCAGAUUGAAAAUACACAAAUGUUUGCACAAACUUUCACUUUUCCACAAACUGCAUUUUAGAGACUAAUUUCAUGUAUACACAAACACUGGCAAAGAGUAUCUCAUGAAAGAUGAUUAAUAUAUUAGCAAUAUCACAAUACCCAUGGUAUGUGGAUGUCAAAAGACCAGUACUUUGUAUGGAUUUGACAGGACUGAAAUAGUGACAUCCUGCAUGAUAGGCUGUGUUUUCCAUUGCUUAGUUUAGAUAUGUUCGGGGUAAAUGCAAUCCCCCAAGAGGAUAUUACACUUAAAGCAUCUGUUCCCUCUGCAAGUCUUGGACUCAACAACUAUGUAAACUGUUGGCAUUUUCUGAAGUCUCUCAUGGGUCCCAUGUGAAAACUUUCCUGUGUGUGUAUGUGUGUGUGUGUGUGUGUGUGUGUGUGUGUGUGUGUGUGUGUGUGUGUGUGUGUGUGUGCAUGUGAACACAUGACUGUGUAUGUGUGGAGCACAUAGAAAAGUAUCAAUCACAGGUGUUCUUCACUCACUCACACACGUACACACGCACACACACACACACACACACACACACACACACACACACACACACACACACACACAGAGCUCUAAAAUACCAAAAUGCCUCCUGGCCUUAACUACAUUCUCAUCUGCUGACACCUCAUAUCAUCAUGAUGUCAUCAUCCUGGGCCAGCCUGCUUGGAUUUGCCCAUGAUGAUGAUGAUGCAUUUCCCACAGAGACAUGGGUCCAUCCAAAUGAUCACGCAUCACAUAUUGAUAUGAGAAGUUUUCAUAUGUUCUUUCCUGCCUUGUUGAAAGCGCCAUGCUUUCUGUCAAUGAUAUCAGUGUUUGGUCCUCAGUGUGAUGAGAAGUGUAGUUGAAGUAUUGCUGUGUGAAUACUGUAUGCUUGCCCGACCCAAGCUCUGGUUUUCCCUUUGCAUUAGAAUAAUAUAGGAGAGACUAUUCUGAAAUACAAACUGGAUGGAUACACUCUGAAUUUCCUUUGAGUUUCCACUGGCGUUCUGGAUAAUGUCACUUCACACACUGAUGUGGUACACUUGAGGACUGGUGUCGAGGGUUUCUGUUAGGGUGGUGUUGGUGGGGGGUGGGACUUCCCUCAAACUGAACCAUGUUAGUGCGCCUUGCUGUUUUACAUGAAGUAUUAUUCUGUGUUCAGGAGACUCUUAUUUUUGUAUUUUAGGACACCAGCAAAGGUGUUCAGUGGUUGAACUUUGUGUACGUAUGGAGCGAAAGUUUUUUGAGAGAGGUUUGAUAAAUUAGAGUGCAUUAUGGGAAAGGCAAGAGCUCAAAACGUUAGAGGAAAGAGGAUGUUUCAAGUGACCUCAGAAAUGAUACCGUCUUUGUUCUGUGUAAAUACUCCCAAAUGCUGUCAAUAUUAAUGUUUAAAAUGGACAAAAUGAUUAGAAUUGACAUAAUUAGAACUUCAAUAAUUUAUAUACUGGAACAUGUGCUAUCUUGUACAUAUUGUGUCUGCAUGAAUAAACAUUGUUCUGAGUCAUUAUUCCAAACUCUUUUUUAUCAAUAUCUGAUGCCUCAUAAUAGCCUGGCAGAUCUUUGAACAUUUUAGCACAAUCUCAAUCACGGCUCAUGUAUAUUCCACAAAACACAUUCCAGUUGGGGUUGUAAAGGAUUUUUGACAUUUAUAAAAUCCUAUGAUUUCAUUUAUUGACCUACACCUGGCAUUGUGUUUGUGUAAAGACAAUAACCCCUCCAGACUCUCUUCUAAACAUUAUUAUCAACUGAAAUCACACAUAUCUGGUUACAAACAUUUUUAACAAGGUGGUUCCUUUUAUUUGCUGAAGUGACAAAUUGUUUUAAUUUCUACAUCACUUUUACAAAAGGCAGUGGACCUCAUCUUCAAAUUGUGCACACUCAAAUAUGUGUAUGUGGUGCGGCAUUCAUGUUUUCUUCAGAGCAAAAUUUAAAUAGACCCAUUCAUACGCAAACAUGUACUUUCCAUUCACAAUUAUAAUUAUACAACCUGCUUGUAACUCAAUUAUGUUGAAUAAAAAUGCUACUAAAUAGUG